UUCAAAUCCCGGAGUUUUUCCGUGUUUAUCUCAGACGCAUCCCCCAAAGAAUUCUUGGGAAUUCACGGCUGCACCCAUCAUUGUUUGUCUAAAACUCUUGGCUCUUGGUACAUGUACAGCGUACAGUAGUUUGGCUGCGACAGCGGCCAUGGGAAACCCCGCUCAACUGGAGAUUUGUGUGGGCACACACCGUGACACAGAAACAACAUCGUGCUGCUGGCUGCCAUUAUCUGGAUAGAAAGACCAGUGGUGCUGCUAUUCUUGGCUCACGCUUGGAUACUGCAAUAGGAGCUGCCUCCACUUGGUUUUUGAAAAGCAAUGGUUGCUCAUUCAUCUGGCAAGUGCCGAUGCGGGUCUGUCUCGAUCGCCAUUGACACCAAGCCGUUCUUGACCUACAACUGCCACUGUUCCCAUUGUCGUGCCUUUGCCAGCAGGCACCGUUCCGAGCCAGCUGCUUAUCAUGGUGGAGGGGCCGUUUUCAAGUGGAAUGUGGCCCUGGAGGGAGAAGAGAAUAUUGAAUAUGAACAAUCUACAUCACUAGGUGGUCUCUUGGCCAUGUCAAGGGGCAGAUGCUCCAAGUGUCAUGAAUGCAUUUGGGAAUCAGGAGAGCGCGCCAUGCUGCCUGUUGCUAUGGUCAUGACAGAGCUACUUCCCAAUCUCAAUCCUGACACUGAUAUCUUUUAUGAUUCGGGGCUGAAGGGAGGACCCACUACCUCUACAGUGAUUCGUUCCGACCUGGGAAGCCUGUUCUAUGAGAUUAUCGUGAUUCUCUUUAUGGCAGUUCCAACGAUUCCUUGGACUGUCUUGAAGCGAUUGACACGAAGGAAUGAUGGAAGUGCUCGAUCGAAGGUAGAAUAAUCAAGCAAGCAAGUCAAAAGCCCAUACGGUAGUUAAUUAAGAGAAUCUAGCAGUCAUGAUUGUGAAUAUCAA